CGGAAUACUGCAGUAGCUUGUCUCUCCCACUCAUCAUAACAUGUCUGAUAAGUACGAAUGCGCGCUCGAUCUUAUGAGGCGCCUGCCCCCGCAAAAUGUCGAAGAGAAUCUGUCUAAACUCUUGGAUAUUGUUGAUGCUGAUCUCGGUGACGACCUGCUUAGUGCUAUCGACCAGCCUCUCAAAGUCAGAAGAUGCAAACAGACCGGGAAAGAUUAUCUCGCCUGUGAUUACAACAGAGAUGGCGAUUCCUACAGAUCACCAUGGAGUAACGAGUACGAUCCAGAGCUACCAGACGGAGCAACACCAAAUGCAACUCUCAGAAAGCUUGAAGUUCACGCAAACGAAGCAUUUGAUACUUAUCGAGAGAUGUACUAUGAGGGCGGUGUAUCCUCUGUUUAUACCUUUGAAAUCGAAGACAAAUUUGCUGUUGUUGUCCUCAUCAAAAAAGUUGGUGAGGGAGCCCGCAGAAUGAAGGGUGCUUGGGACUCGAUCCACGUUUUCGAAGUUCAAGAGAGAGGACGAAAUGCACAUUACAAACUUACCUCCACUGUCAUGUUGUAUAUGAUUACCAAUAAGCCGGAGCUUGGUCACUUCAAUUUGAGUGGAAGCUUGACGCGACAGGCAGAACAAGAUUGCCCUGUUGAUGAUCAAUCUGCUCACGUUAUCAAUAUCGGACGCAUGGUGGAGGAUAUGGAGAUCAAGAUGAGAAACUCAUUGCAAGAAGUCUACUUUGGUAAAACAAAGGACAUUGUCAAUGAUCUUCGAAGUGUAGGAUCCAUCAAGGAAGGAAAAGAGCAAGCUGAUAUCCAGAAAGAACUUGUUGGCAAACUAAUGCUACGAGGUAAUAGCCAGUAGAUCACUGGUAACCGCUAUCCAAUAAAGUUUUUAUAAAUUGAGCAUUUGAAUCGCGUUCUUUGAGUGGAAAGGUAUAUGUACAGA